AUGUCGAAUAGUGGUCCUGAGGCCGAAGUAUGGUAUGGAAUUCCUGAAUUCAACCUCCUGGCCCUGAACAUUACUGUUCCUGGAGCAUCGCCGUUGUAUCCAGAUGUUCACUGCACAGCGAACGGCGAUGUAUGCCAAUACACGAUCGGAGAGAGCGAGAUUAAUGCUGCAACAUCAAUGGCCUCUUUGGUGCGCUUUCCCCGAUUCGACUUUACGAGCACAUACUUCAUGAUCGCUGGAAUCGCUGGCGUGAAUCCCGAAGUCGCAACAAUCUCCUCCGUCACGUAUGCCAGAUAUGCUAUCCAAGUUGCGCUGCAGUACGAGUUCGAUCCUAGAGAGAUUCCAGCCAACUUCUCCACUGGAUACAUACCACUUGGCUCGACGCAGCCUGACCAGUACCCUACGUUGAUCUACGGUACGGAGGUAUUCGAGGUCAACCAGAACUUGCAGAAAAUUGCUGCUGCAUUCUCAAGAAAGGCAACUCUGAACGACAGCGAUGCCGCAAUUGCAUACAGAGCCAACUAUGCUGCUUCCCCUGCGUAUGCUGCGGGAGCUGCUCCGCCAUGUGUCGUUGAAUGCGAUGUCGCCACAUCUGAUGUCUACUACUCAGGAAGCCUUCUAUCCACCGCAUUGGGCAACUUCACCACACUUCUGACCAACGGCUCCGGGAUCUACUGUACCACAGCCCAAGAAGAUAAUGCCACGCUCGAAGUGCUGCUCCGCGCAGCUGUCGACAAGCUGGUCGACUACUCUCGAAUCAUUGUCAUGCGAACCGCCUCCGAUUUCGAUCGUCCAUACCCUGGCGAGGCAGCCACGACGAAUUUAUUCUGGGCCGAUCAGGGUGCUUUCAAGCCUGCAGUCCAAAACAUAUAUCUUGCGGGAAUAAAAGUUGCCGAAGGAAUUUUGGAUGGAUGGGACACGACGUUUUCGGAGGGCGUGAAGGCCUCCAACUACCUUGGUGACAUUUUCGGCACUCUUGGUGGCACACCGGACUUUGGACCUGGUAGCAUUUUCAACGACAAGUGA